UAUUGACCUCUCGCUGUUAAACCUCGAUUAACCAUUAUGAUAGGUUCCGUCCGAUUCCGUCCGGCAAUUCAGGUAUCGGUUUCAUAUUCAUUCAAGAGAAGAGAGCGUGGAUUGUGAGCCAGUCGAUCUGAAGAAAGGACUCAGUAACUGCUGUCUCUACACAGAUUGAAACGCAAAGUGGACCAAAAUGGCAAUCUUACACGCCUUACUGUUGGUCUUAUCAAUGGCCGUUUUACAGCCGACAAAAUCCGAAAUUAUUGUGCCAUUUUCUUCAGAAAUAUUUAUCCCAUUCGUUGAAAUUAAUAUAUUCUGUACGGUUAAAAACGAGCAUUUCAUUGGUUGGUUUAAAGAUGACAGUAACAUCAAAAUCCCCGUGGUGCCGAGGAGAGCGGACGCGAAAGGCAAACCUGCUGUUGUCAUAGAAACUCGUGUUGGCACUCUGAAAAAGACCUGUAUACUGAUAAUCCCAAGAGGAGUCGGUUUUAGAACUGCCACUGGGAGGUAUAUUUGUAAAGGGCAAAGAAAUCAAGAAAUAGUCGUUGUACAAUCGAGAUGUGAGUACACAGUCCUUUCAAAAAAACCGGUUGUCGCUGACCGGCCUAGCGACCACGCGAUUAGACCGAAAAGGAGUAUGGUUUCCGAAGUCUUUGUCCCAUUUACUGAAGCAACCCUCAAACCAAAAUUUGGUCUUUCAAUCGUCUGUUACAUCAGGAACGAGCAUUUCAUUGGCUGGUUCAAAGCUAACAGCAAGAUCAAGAUCCCUGUGGUGGCGAGCAAAGCGGACGUCAAGGACGAACCCGCUGUAGUCAUAGCAACUGUCAGUAACAAAACAACAGAAGCUUUGAUGAUAUUUCCCAGGGGUAGUCCGGUCUCUAAUGCAGGGAAGUAUGUUUGUACGGGUGGAAUACACCGAGCAGUGGUCAAAGUGAUUUCCAAGAUUAUAUAG